CGGACGACCGACAGGAGUCGCAUGAGCAGCAGACACAGCGUGUGAUGCUGCACUGAUGCUGGAAUUCAUCCCUGCUGAGCAGCGUUUGCGGCUGGACUCAGCUGAACCAGGCUGAGGCCGCGCUCAGCCGCCCCCAACCCGGGAGCAGCAGGCUGACACUCAGCUCUCACACUUUUUACAAACCCUCUGCAGGCCGGCAGCAGGCGGCACGUGCAUAGAUUUUAGCAGUUUCUGGAUUCUGGUCGUGUUGUUGUUGUUGUUAGUUUCAGGGUAACAGGGCGUGGCCUGUGCGUGACGUCAUCCGUCACGAACCGAACUUGUUUUGGAGGAAGUGCAGAGAGCCUCGACUACCUGCUAGCGGCUAGCUUCGUUCUUCACGGGGGCAGAAGCGACGAGCGUCAGCGGGAGUUGUUCAAAAGUUGACCCGUAUUCCGACACCCGUACGGUCCGGCACGGCACGGACGGGGCUGCUUUUUGACACGAGGGGUUGGUAGAGAGAGGUUAAACGUUCAAAAAAGGUAUUCGGCUGUUGUUGGCGCUGCUGUUUUCUCACGGCAAACAUUUGCGAAGCUGCUGCUAGCCUGUCGGCUAACGUUUCCAUCUGAGCGACAGAAGAUUUCUUUUCUUUUUCUUUUUUUUUUGUCUUUUAAUUUACUUUCAUUUCUCCGAACGUCAUCUCUCAGCACAAUGACAUCAAGGAAGAAAGUGCUGCUUAAAGUCAUCAUCCUUGGGGAUUCUGGAGUUGGGAAGACCUCAUUAAUGAAUCAGUAUGUGAACAAGAAGUUCAGCAACCAGUACAAAGCCACAAUAGGUGCUGAUUUCCUGACAAAAGAAGUCAUGGUGGACGACAGACUCGUCACAAUGCAGAUUUGGGACACGGCCGGUCAGGAGAGGUUCCAGUCUCUCGGCGUGGCGUUCUACCGCGGAGCAGACUGCUGUGUUUUGGUGUUCGAUGUGACGGCACCCAACACUUUCAAGACCCUAGACAGCUGGAGAGACGAGUUCUUGAUCCAGGCUAGUCCACGAGACCCAGAGAACUUCCCUUUUGUGGUGCUGGGCAACAAGAUUGACUUGGAGAACAGACAGGUAACAACCAAACGAGCACAGGCUUGGUGUCAGAGUAAGAACAACAUCCCAUAUUUUGAGACCAGUGCCAAAGAGGCCAUCAAUGUUGAGCAGGCCUUCCAGACGAUUGCACGCAACGCUCUUAAACAGGAAACCGAAGUGGAGUUGUACAACGAGUUCCCCGAGCCGAUCAAACUGAGAAGCGAGCCGCCCAAGCCGUCGUCAGAGCCCUGCAGCUGCUGAGGAUCUGGAGGUUGCCGUCGCUACCCUGCCUUGCCUUGUCUAUAUAUCCCUUUCCCAUUGCCUACUGUGUUUUACCCCAAUAUAAAAGCAGCAUCCCACUCAUAUAGUAUAUUAAUACACACAAACAUGCUGCAAUCAGUUCUGUGUAUACAAAAAAACCCCAACAUUUUCUACAAAACUCGUUCUCUCUCCAAUAAGACUCAAAGGAAAUGUGAUGGCAUUUACUUGUACGAUCCUUCCUAGUCUUUGCCCUUUUCUCACGGCCCUGGUGUGCUGAGCUAAUGUCAUUUUCAGUUCCGUACGGCUGUUUUCACUCGCCAGCUUGGUCCUAAUUUUUGUUUUGAUACCUCCAAGUGGGAAAUGGCAGCAUUAUUGUGUACAUGUGUUGGAAUGUGUGAGAUUUAAAAACAAAAAACAAAGAUGGAAUUGAGAUUUCAGCAGUGGCGGGUUUUUCUCCUGCAGCACCAACAGGAAACCCGCCAGCCCAUGUUUUAUUCAUCGUAUCGUGGCUCAAAUUACUCUGUCGACCACAAUCAUUGCCAUGGUUUCCAUGGCCUCGCAGACGCGGUGAAUUCGGAAACCUCAGCAGGUAGAUCGCCACAUGUCGCCUCCGGCGUGGAAAAAAAUUAGGAAAACUAUGGAGAAUCUUUAACGAAGGCAAGUCCAACAAGUGUGUACAGACCGUUGUCGUCUUUGUGUUGUGUUGCACUCUGCUGUCAUACUCUGUUCUUGAAUAUUUUGUCAGACAACCCGCUUUGAGCUGCGGCGAGUUGUAGCUCAGUAAAACGAGCUCAGCUCCUCCUCUGAGGUUUGUUGUUCACUGACGGUACAGCACAUCCGACAGGGAGGAGUUUCUCUCAGUAAUAUCAGCGCUUGCAUUUCUUUUCACCAUCAACAGUCUCCUCAAACCUCCCGAUCAUUGUUGGGGAAGUUGUUGUAAAUCUUUAUGACGGACUCUGCUGGUUGCUUUAAGUGCUCAACGUUUGUUUUAACCAAUCAGAUCUUUAACUGUCUCUUUGUAUUAAAAUGUAGAAAUAUAGACUAAACUAGCAUACAUACUGUAACACUGAAAGUUAAUUUUUUUUGGGGGGGGGGGGGGGGGGGGUGACAUUAACCAUUAUUAUGAAUAUGAUUAAUGCACAGCAUCUACAGUGUUUCAACAUGUCUUUGCUUUUCAAGUAAUAAGGGUAAUAAAAGUCUUGAAUCAA